AUGCUUGAUGAAAGCACAACGUCGAACGAGCCAAAGUUUAAAGGAAUGUAUAACUAUGUGCACAUUGACGAGAAAUGGUUUUACAUGACAAAGAAGGAGCAAACGUAUUACAUGCUCAAUAAUGAAGAAGAUCCUCACCGUACAUGCCAAAGUAAAAAUAACAUUGCAAAAGUCAUGUUUCUAGCAGCAACGACUCGUCCUAGAUUUGAUAGUGAAGGAAGGGUGGUAUUUUCGGGCAAAGUUGGAUGUUGGGCAUUUGUGACAGAGCAACCAGCCCAAAGAAAUAGCAGGAACAGGCAAGCUGGCACGAUGGAGAUGAAGGCGAUCACAUCUGUUAAAAGAGAGAAUGUGAAAGCGUUUUUGAUUGAAAAGGUUAUCCCAACUAUUAUUGAGAAAUGGCCUAACUCGGGAGAAACUAUUUAUGUCCAACAAGACAAUGCUAGGACACACGUCCCUCCUAAUGACCCUGAUUUUGUAGCAGCUGCUUCACAAAAUGGCUUUGACAUUCGAUUAAUUUGCCAACCCCCUAAUUCUCCAGAUUUGAAUAUACUCGACCUUGGGUAUUUUAGGGCUAUACAGUCGCUGCAACAAAAAAUGUGCACAAGGAAUAUCCAUGAGCUUGUAAGUGCGGUAGAUAAUGCAUUCUGA